AUGACCACCGACGAGAGCCAAGCCUACGAGCACCCGCUAGCAAGGGAGCACCUUUCAGCUCUCAAGGCCCUCCAGGCCGAGGGCCAGACCGUGGGCGCCCGGGGUCACCACAUGCAGAUGACAGGCUUGUUCCACUGGGGCUUUGUCAUCUACCGUUGCGACUACUCGGACGACGCCCUCUUCGACAGGUUCAUCGCCUACCUCCGGGAGCAGGCCGAGAGCUACCACCGGGAUAGCCAGCAGGACCGCACCACGGGCCUGUACCUCCGGUGGACCAUUGUGCAGGAGCGCAAGGCCCUCGACGGGGCGACCAAGGACGAGGUGCGGCGGCGCUUCGUCGAAUGGCGCGACGGCCUGUCGGUCGAGCGCGACGGGCCCGGCGCCGAUCACCGCAUCACGCCUUACCUGCCCCGCUUCGAGUACUGCGUGCACGUCGGUAGGGACAGUCUCGACAGCCUCAGGGCGCAAGAGGAGGUCCUGAGGGCCGGACAGAAGAAGGACGCGGCGCCCCCGGUGCUCUUUGCCAUUGUGCGGGCCAAGCAGAGGCCGGCUGGGUUGCCGGAGGGCUAUGAUCCUGACGAGGACGAGCAGGAGGAGGACGAGUAUUACGAGGAUCCUGCGAACGCGCCGCGUGCGAUCGAGGGCUGCACAGAUCAGGACGUGGGGUGGAUGUAUGUCCCCGCGGACCACUGGGUCACUCUUUAUGAGGAGCUGCAUAAUGACCAGGCGUGGUAUUACCUGGCGGGCGGGGCUCGCUUACAGCAGCACGAGUACCUCAACGCUUUGCUGAAGGAAUGUCUACGUCUCUACUUUCCGGCGCCAGACAUACUCUUCCGAGCAACGACAGACGAGAGCGCCGUCAUCGCUGGGAAUGUGGUACCGCCGCGGACUAGCUUGACAAUGAACUUGUGGGUCGCCAAUCGCUCUGUCAUAAAACUUCACAAACCUAUCGAAUUCGUUCCUGUGCGCUGGAUGAAGAACGCGCCCGCUGAGUUUCAUAAGGCUGACAAAAGCAUCCUCAAGUCAUUCAGUAUUGGGCCUAGGGAUGUCUCAGCAAGAAAAUAUGAGGAGGUUUCGUUACCGCUGGUUCUGCCUAUCCUUCUUCACAUGUCAUCUAAGAUGUCGAAGACGCAGGCAAAGGCUGCGGUUCCAUUAAUCCAUCACCUGAAUGCCUCUACAGAUUCCAUUGAUAUCGUUUGGGAAGCUCCGGCCCCGUACGAGUUGUAUUCUCCCAGCCCUAUUUUGGCUCUUUCUGCUCUUCUCAGCGGCAUUGGAUUCGCUUCUUCAUUGCUUGAUGAGCUUAACCGUGUCUUGCCCACAGAUACAUCUCGACCCCACAGCACACACGUACGCGACACCUUCGAAAUCUUUGUCAAGUCCACUAGAUUAGGGCUCUACCCAAUCGGAGGAGAUCCAGAGGACUUGAUAUCGCCUUUUGUCGUGGAUGCCAUCAUCGCGAGUCCUCCUAGCUUCGCACAUCAAAACGAGCAUUUCCACAUCAGCUUGCCUAAGUCGUCCCGCAUUGCCCCUCUAAGCUACGUGCUAUUGGUGGAGAUCCUCUAG